CUGCAGCAGGAGUGGUGCUGAAACCAGCUUCCUUGAGGACAGUGUGAGAACUCAUCAGUUCCUGCAGAAGUCAAGGCACUUGGAUUCCAAAGCUUCCAGAGAAGGCCAUGGCUGAGCCCAGUGACAAUUCUCUGAGGAUUGUUCUGGUCGGAAAAACAGGAAGUGGAAAGAGUGCCACAGCAAACACCAUCCUGGGGCAAAAGACAUUUGCUUCUAGGAUCGCACCCCAUGCUGUCACCCCAUGCUGCCAGAAAGCGUCACGAAAGUGGAAGGAGAGGGACCUCCUGGUUGUUGACACCCCAGGGCUCUUUGACACCAAGGUAAACCUGGACACCACCUGCAUCGAAAUCAGCCGGUGUGUCCUGCAGUCCUGCCCUGGGCCUCAUGCCAUCAUUCUGGUUAUUCGGCUGGGCCGCUACACAGAUGAAGAGCAAGAAACUGUCACUAGGAUCAAGGCUAUCUUUGGGGAAGCAGCCAUGAAGUACAUGAUUGUCCUGUUCACCCGCAAAGAGGAGCUGGAGGACCAGCUCUUAGAUGAAUUCAUUGAAGAUUCAGAUCCAAACCUAAAAAGCAUCAUCAAGGAGUGUGACGGCCGCUGCCUGGCCAUCAAUAACAAAGCGGAGAAGGCUGAGAGGGAGAUGCAGGUGCAGGAGCUGGUGGAGCUGGUAGAAUCAAUGGUGCAGAACAAUGGCGGGGUCUGCUUCUCCGAUCCCAUAUACAAAGACGCGGAGAAAAGGCUGAAGAAACAAGAAGAGACCUUGAAAAAGAUUUACACUGAUCUAUUAGAGAAGGAACGUAGAAUAGUGGAGGAAGAGUAUGCUCUUGGGAAGUUUAUUGCUCAAGAAAAAGAGGGAAAGUUACAAGCAAUUAGGGAAAAAUAUGACAAGAAGAUAAGAAACUUACGUGAAGAAGCAGAGAAGAACAUACUCAACGAGAUUGUUGAAGGAAUUAAGAAUAUUCUUCUGAAAAUAUGGCAUUUUUUUUAAGUAUUCAGGUUUUUUGUUUUGUUUUGUUUUUCAUUUGUUCUGAGCAUUUCUCCAUCUCACUCCCUAUCAUUCUCCCUGCUGGUUCUUUCCUACAGCCAACAACAAACUGAAGAGCCAGCAAAGCCAGGAAUUCUGUGUACUAGCGUCAGGACUCUGUCAGCUCCAAGGCUGGAUCACACUCCACACUCAGCUCCCUGCGCUAGCCUGUCCUGUCUUCCCACCGCGGUGUUCUGAAAUGCCUCUGUACCCAGGAGCCAAAAUAAA